GAACUGAGGAGGGAUUUGACGCGAGCCACGCCAGCCUACAUCAGCUCAAAACGGAAACUGCUGCUUCAUUUGAACCUUGCUUCUGCCAGAGGACGGACGGGGAAUGACAGGACUGGUCGAUCACAUGACCAGCUCGGAGAACAGAUAUGGCUUGUGUCCCAGAGCUGCUCUUAUCCACUUUGGAGGAGCUGGUUGAUAAAGACCUGAGGACUUUCCAGUGGUUCCUGUACAGUAAAGUCCUCGAGGGAGUCCCUCAUAUUCCAAAGUCGCGGGUCGAUGGGGUGGACAGGCUGGCCACCGUGGAUCUUUUGGCGAACACUUAUGGCUAUGAGGGUGCUGUCAUGGUCGCUGUGGAUAUACUGAUGAGGAUGAAACUCAAACUUCGGGCUGAAACACUAAAGAAGGAGUACGAUGAAGGUUUAAGCACUCAGGUAGGCAAAGAAAUUGACCACCAUGCAAUCAGAGAAAAACUGAAAUCCACCCUGACGGAAAAGUACCAAAACAUUUAUGAGGGGAACGCAGAUGAGGGAGAUACCAUCUACCUGAACAAGAUCUACACAGAGCUGCACGUGAUCGAAGGAGCCUGGGGAGGCUUCAGCGAGGAGCAUGAGGUCAGACAGCAGAGGUCCAGCCAUGUAACGACAGAUGAAACCUCCAUUAAAGCUAGCGACAUUUUCCAACCCAAGCCUAACCAAGAGAAGCGAAUCCGAACUGUGCUUACGCAGGGUAUACCUGGAGUGGGUAAAACUGUCUGUGCACAGAAGUUUACCCUGAGCUGGGCGGAAGGAGAGGAAAAUCAGGACAUCACCUUCCUCUUCCCGCUUCCUUUCCGUGAACUGAAUCCCAACAUCGGCGAGAAGGACUACAGUCUGAUGCAGCUGCUCCAUCAGUUCUUCCCUGAGAUGAAACCCCUUGAGACGCUGGGAACAGGAUGCAAAGUCCUCUUCAUCUUUGACGGCCUGGACGAGACCCUUCUCCCCUUGAACUUCAAACACAACAAGGUCUUGAGAGAUGAGACGGAGCCAGCCCCUCUCGAUGUUCUGAUCACAAACCUCAUCACAGGAGAUCUGCUCGGCAACGGUCUCAUCUGGAUCACGUCCAGACCUGCAGCAGCCAGCCGGAUCCCUCGAAAGCACAUCCACCAGUGGACAGAGGUGAGGGGUUUUGCUAAUGAACAGAAGGAGGAAUACUUUAAGAGGCGUUUGCAUGAUGAUAGCCUCGCCAUUAGGGUCAUCAACCAUGUGAAGUCAUCAAGAAGCCUGUUUAUCAUGUGUCAGAUACCAGUUUUUUGCUGGAUCACGGUCACUGUAAUGAAGAAAAUGUUACGCAACAAUGUGACAGGAAGCAUGCCCAACACCCUGACUGAGAUGUACGCAUAUCUCCUUCUCUGCCAGACAGACCGGAUGAUAGAAGGGCACUACCCUAUGGAAAGCAGCAAUGUUGUUUUGAAGCUAGCAGAGCUGGCGUUCCGUCAACUGGAGAAAGGCAAAUUGAUCUUCUAUGAGGCGGACUUAAACGAGUGCGGCAUGGAUGUCAAAGAGGCAACCGUCUACUCAGGAGUUUGCACAGAGGUCUUUGUGAUGGAGGGCAUAAGGAGGAGGGAAGUUUUUAGCUUUGUACAUUUAACCAUCCAGGAGUUUCUGGCUGCUGUGUAUGUCCAUCACUCCUACAUGCAAAGAAAAGAAAAUGUUCUUCUCGGACACCUGAAAAGGAUGUAUACAAGAUGGCUGCCUAAGUGUGUGUCCAGUUUUCACAAGACUGCCAUCGAAAAAGCCUUGGAGAGUAAAGACGGCCACUGGGACCUCUUCCUUCGCUUUCUACUGGGACUGUCGCUGAAGUCGAACCAGGAGCUCCUGGGUAGAAUACUGCAUUUGGAAGCAGAGGGAGAGGAAGAUGUGGCAAAAACCAUCCAGUUUAUCAAAGAGAAGAUCAAAGAGGAACCAGAAACCAAGAUCAAUCUGUUCCACUGCCUGAGCGAGCUAAAGGAGGAGUCUUUGGUGCAAGAGGUUCAGAGCUUUGUGAGUUCUGGGAGGCUUGCAACCAAGAAGCUGUCUCCGGUCCAGUGGUCAGCUCUCACAUUUGAACUGAUGACAACAGAGGCAACAGGGGAGGAGUUUGACUUGAAGAAGUACAUAAGAUCAGAAGAAGGGGUAGAGAAGCUGCUGACUGUCAUCACUUCCUCUACACGUGCCCUGCUUGAUAACUGCAAGCUGACUGAGAACUGCUGUGAAGUCUUAGCCUCUGCGCUGAGCUCGACCUCUUCUCACCUGACAGAGCUGGACCUGAGCGACAACAACCUGAAGGAUUCAGGGGUGAAGUUGCUUUCCGUUGGAUUUGGGAGUCCACAUUGUAAACUAAAGAGUUUAAGAUUACAUAAGUGCAAACUGGCAGGCGAUUGCUGUGAAGCACUGGCUGUUGCUCUCAGCACAGAGUCUACCCAGCUCAAGGAACUGGACCUGAGUGCUAAUGACUUGCAGGAAGCAGGACUAAAGGCUCUGUGUGUGGGACUGCGCAGCCCCCACUGUAAACUGGAAACAGUGAGGUUGAAUCAGUGCAAGCUCAAAGAGAGCUGCUGUACCGAUUUGGCAACAGCUUUGAGUUCAGGCACAUCUCACCUGAAAACUCUUGACCUGAGCAACAACAGCCUGAAGGAUAAUGGUGUAUCCCUGCUUACUGCUGGACUGAAGAGUCCACACUGUAGACUGGAAAGACUAAGGCUCAGCUGGUGUGGCCUUACACAGAAAUGCUGCAGUCACAUUGGUUCAGCUCUCAGCUCUGACUUCGCACGCCUCAGAGAGCUGGACCUCAGUGGAAACAAGCUGCAGGGUCCAGAUACACACCUGCUGUGUGAUGGCCUGAGAAGUCCACACUGUAAACUAGAGAUAUUCAGGUUAAAUGAGUGCCAACUCCAGGCAUGCUGUGCUGAUCUGGCCUCAGUCCUCAGCUCUAACACCUCUCACCUGAAGGAGCUUGAUCUGAGCGAGAACGACCUGCAGGACUCAGAAGUGAAACUGCUCUCUGCUGGACUGGCAAGUACGGACUGCAAACUAGAGAUGUUAAGGCUGUCGUUCUGCGGAAUCACUCAGGAAGGCUGUGCUCAUUUGGCGUUGGCGCUGACCUCCAACCCUUCUUACCUGAGGCAGCUGGACCUCAGCUUCAACUACCUGCAGGACUCUGGAGUGAAGCUGAUCUCUCGUCACUGGAACGACCCACUCUGUAAACUGGAAAAAUUAAGCGUGGAAUAUAAUGCAGCGUGCUUCUUGAAAUCAACACUGAAAGACUAUGCAUGUGCGCUGACGUUGGACACAAACACAGCUGCCAAGUCUCUCUUCCUGCACGACAGUGGACAGCAGGUGACGUGGGUCAGGGAGCGACAGCAGCACCCAGAUCACCCCGACAGGUUUGAGAGUGUCUCCCAGGUGCUGUGUCUACAAGGCCUCACCCAGCGGCACUACUGGGAGGUGGAGUGGCGUGGACGCUGGGUGGAUAUCGCCGUGGCUUUGAGGGGGAUCCGUCGGAGGGCGAGCUCUCACAUCUGUGGGUUUGGCUACACAGAUCAGUCCUGGAGUCUGUACUGCUCCGAGGAUCACUACAGCGCUCAGCACGACCACCAGUCUGUGGAAAUACCAGCACCUGCAUCUGGCUCCCACAGGGUCGCAGUCUACCUGGACUGGCCAGGUGGCACCCUGUCCUUCUACAGCGUUUCCUCUGGGACCCUCAGUCACCUUCACACUUUCUAUAGCACCUUCACUGAGCCUGUGUACCCUGGGUUUGGGAUGGAGGAGGAUGACUGCUCUGUAACUAUUUGCACAGUGGAGGAUUUGCAACAAUUCACGUCUCGGUCAGCCAGUGCAGAACAAAUUGAGGAAUUUUGAGUGCAGACUGAUUUGGAAACAUAAUUUAAAUGGUGUUUUUUUGGCUCUCAGAGGGUGGCAGCAAAGCUGGUGAAGAAUUUAUGAUGAACUGGAAGAAAGGGACUUCAUAAUUGUCAUCGAGGCUGUCUAACUCAUGGAUUUCAAGCUUACUAUGCAGUUCUUAAAAUCAAACCUGUUUUGUUGGUGAUUUUUUUGUGGCAUCUUUCAAUAAAUCUUUUUUGUCAAACA